AUGUUUUAUCUGAGCUGGGGCAUGCGGCUGGCAGGAAGACCCGUGACCCUCAGAGCCUUCCUCUUGCUGGUUGCACUCUGGGUGCUGCUCCUGGUUCCAAGCCAGUGUUUGCAAGGCCGUCCCGCAUGGCGUUAUAUCUCAUCGGAUGUGGUCACUCCUCGGAAGGUGACCUACCAUGGCAAGGGAUUUCAAGCACCAGGCCGGCUCUCCUACAGCUUGCGAUUUAGAGGCCAGAGACAUAUCAUCCACCUGCGCAGAAAGACUCUUAUUUGGCCCAGACACUUGCUGCUGACCACUCAGGAUGACCAGGGGGCACUACAGAUGGAUUAUCCUUUUUUCCCUGUGGAUUGUUACUACAUUGGCUUCCUGGAGGAUAUCCCUCAUUCCACAGUCACUAUGGAUACUUGUUCUGGGGGUAUGAAUGGGGUAAUGAUGCUGGAUGACCUUGCCUAUGAAAUCAAACCCCUCAGUGACUCACACACGUUUGAGCAUGUUAUUUCUCAGGUAGUAGCUGAUUCUGAUGCAGUGGAGCCUAUGAAAAAAUGGAAGAACGUAGACCAUAACGUGGGCCCCUUCUUCUCUGGAACAAAUUCCAGCGUGGCUCCCAGAAUGUCAAGUAGAGACUAUGCUUCACAUCCAGCUGCUAUUAAAGGACAUUUUCAAGCCACUAGGUCAGUGUAUGUGAAGGCACACUUUAAUAUUACAAGGUGUGCCAAUUAUUUGUUUUCGUUAGCCAGUUUAAUGGACAGCUAUUUAUUCAGCAUUCAUUUGAGGUACUAUGUUAUUCUCAUCACUGUGUAUAACCAUGGCAAUCCAUUUGCUGAUGAUUACAGAAUGCCAGGAGGUAAUGCACACUCAUACUAUAAGAGGACCUUUUUUGACAGAUUUAGGCCCGACUCAUCAAAUCUAGUUAAUGAAUUUGGGCCACCAGAUGAUUUUAAUCCAGUUAUACAUAGUAUAUGUACUUCAGAUGCCCUAAACUGUGUUGGUCAAAAUGACCGAUAUUAUGUGUAUGUGUCUGUGGUAGUAACCAAUCGUGUUGGGAGGAUUUUAGGUCUGGAAUUUGAUGAUGAGAAGUACUGUGCUUGUCAGAGAAGGUCCACUUGCGUUAUGUUCAGGAAACCUCAGCUAACAGAUGCUUUCAGCAAUUGUUCCCUCUCAACGCUAAACCAUAUAAUCAAUACUCCUGGUGACGUGCAAUGUCUUUUCUAUGACCGUCAUACUUACUAUAACAGAUCAUUAACCUAUAGUGUUUGUGGAAACUUCAUAAUAGAUGAAGGUGAGCAAUGUGAUUGUGGCUCAAACAAGGCUUGUUAUUCAAAUAACUGCUGUCACAAUAAUUGCACAUUCGCAAAAGGUAGCAUUUGUGAUAAAGAAUCAUGCUGUGCAAACUGCAACUACAGUUCUUCUGGGACACUUUGCAGAACUGUCCAGAACAUAUGCGAUCUUCCAGAGUACUGUAAUGGGAGUGUACUCCAUUGCCCAAGAGACUAUUAUCUGCAAGAUGGAACACCAUGUUCAGAAGAGGGGUACUGCUAUGCAGGAAACUGCACUGAUCGCAGUGUACAUUGCAAGGAAAUCUUUGGUGCAGGUGUUCAAGCUGGUAAUAGUAAGUGCUAUGAAAUCAAUAAGGAACAAUACCGGUUUGGACAUUGUCAGAGAGCCGAAGAAAGCCUCUCAUUUACACCUUGCUCUGAUAGAGAUAAGAUGUGUGGGAGGUUGCAGUGUACCAAUGUCUCCUACCUUCCACACUUGCAGGAACAUGUUUCAUUCCAUCAGUCAGUUAUUUCUGGAUUUUCCUGUUUUGGGAUUGAUGAGCAUCGUGGAACAUCAGCAAGGGAUGUUGGGCAUGUGAGAUUUGGCACUCGAUGUUCCAAAACUAAUUUCUGUGAUCGAGGGUCUUGCAAUGGAUCUUUAUCUGAUCUCAAUUAUGACUGCACCCCAGAAAAGUGCAAUUUUAGAGGAGUAUGCAAUAACCUUCGGAAUUGCCAUUGUCAUGUAGGUUGGGAACCUCCAAACUGCAUAGGAGUUGGAGCUGGAGGAAGUUUAGACAGUGGACAGGUUCCAUUAAGAAGACACAAAGUUAGGCAGAGCUAUGAAGCAGUGGUUUACUUAAGAGCGAUCUUUGGUCGCAUUUAUGUCUUUAUAGCCUCGCUGCUGUUUGGUGUGGCCUUUCGUGUAUCUGUUACUAAGAUUAUCACAUAUGAAGAUCUGCGUGCUGCUUUAAUGCGUUCAAGGGAACAAGCGCGUUUGGCCAGCACUGAACCCCAAGAGCCAAUCUAA